AUGCGCUUCCUCUGCUUGGUCGCGCUGCUUCUCUCGGUCCCACUCGGUGCGCUCACGCUCUCGGCCGACGAGCGCGAUGAACUCUCGCGCGACUUGGCGCGCUGGCAAACCAAGUUUGGCAACGACGAUCACGUGGCCAAGGACAAGCUUCCCGCUCUGCAGGCGGCCAACCCGUACGCGACCUUUAGCCACUUGACCAAGUUUGCGCUGCUCUCGGACAACGAGUUUUCGCAGUUCGCGUCGUCGCCGUCGCCGUCGCCGUCGCUACUACCGGCAGCUCUGCCAGCGGCCGCCACUUUGAAUCGCAGUGCUGUCGGCGGCACGGGCGUCGAUACGGUUGACUGGACCACGCAAUCGACAUGCGUCACGCCCGUGAAAUGGAUGGGCAAGUGUCGAAGCGAUUGGGCGAUCGCGGCGGCGGCGGCCGUGUCGUCGGCGCACUGUCUCGCCACCAGCCAGUUCAUCGACCUCUCGGUACAGCAAGUCUUGAGCUGCACAUACUCUAGCGGGCUGGACAGCUGCUGGGGCCCCGGGACCCCAUUCGAUGGCAUGCAGUGGCUGCUCGAGCGGUCCAGCGCCUUGUGCACUGAGAAGGCGAAUCCGUACACCUCGGGCCACUCGGGCGUCACACCGAAAUGCAGCGACAACACCAAGUGCACCAGAUCGAUUUCGCUCUACGUCGGUGAGAUCGAGCGCGCCCGUGGCGAGGCCGCGCUCGAGGAGCAGCUCCGGACGCAGCCGGUUGUAGCCUUUGCGACGACCAACAACUACGCUUGGCGACUGUACACGGGUGGUCUUCUCUCGUGGUGCCCGGGCGGCCGCCUCGACCAAGCCGUCCUCGUCGUGGGCUACGGCACUGAAGACGUUGGUUAUGCGCUACCACCCGUCGGCUUCUUCAAGGUGCGCAGCGCGUGGGGCACCGACUGGGGCGAGCAUGGCGACGUGCGCCUCGCGCGCGGCCCUGGCACCGGCGAUUUCGGCACGUGCGACAUUGCGACGCACCUUGUGUACCCACAGCGCUUGCCGUUUCGAACCAAGGCCUCGGACGUGGCAUCCACCACCGCGCCACACAGACCCACACCACCGGCUUCGUCUCGCAUGUCGACGGCUAGCGACGACGAGUCGUAG